UGAAAUAAAAGAACAAAAGGGGGGGACUUUGAGAAUAAUGGAUGAGGAGAGGAUUCCGUGAGAUAGGCGUAGCUUUCCCUUCGCUUUUCCCUCUUCUUCUACUCCGUAACCCUUUUCCUCCUCCUUCUUCGGCGCCGCCUCUCUCACUCUUCUCCAUCGUUCCUUCCUCUCGUGCUUGUUCCAUUCGCUCUUCUUCAUCCCAUACGCCGCCGCCGUUUCCUCCUCCUACGUCUUCCGCCGCCAUGGGUUCGCAGGACGUGGAGUGGCCGGCCAAUCACGUGAGGGACACCUUCAUCAAGUUCUUCGAGGACAAGAACCAUGUUGACUGGAAGUCCAGCCCUGUCGUUCCUCUCAAUGAUCCCACUCUCCUCUUUGCCAAUGCUGGAAUGAAUCAGUUUAAGCCAAUAUUCUUGGGGACGGCGGAUCCGAAUACCGCCCUCAGCAAACUGAGUCGAGCUUGCAACACUCAGAAAUGUAUUCGAGCGGGUGGAAAACACAAUGAUCUUGAUGAUGUUGGGAAAGACACUUACCACCACACCUUCUUUGAGAUGCUUGGCAAUUGGUCUUUUGGGGAUUACUUCAAGAAAGAAGCCAUUGAAUGGGCUUGGGAGCUUCUCACCAAGGUUUAUAAGCUUCCCAGUGAUCGGAUCUACGCCACCUAUUUUGGUGGUGAUGAGAAAUCUGGUCUUGCUCCUGACAAUGAAGCCAGAGACAUAUGGCUCAAUUUUCUACCUUCUGGACGUGUUCUGCCUUUUGGCUGUAAGGAUAAUUUUUGGGAGAUGGGCGACACUGGUCCGUGCGGACCAUGUACUGAAAUACAUUAUGACAGAAUUGGUAACCGUGAUGCUGCAUCCCUGGUUAACAAUGAUGAUCCCACGUGCAUUGAGAUUUGGAACCUUGUCUUUAUUCAGUUCAACAGAGAAAAUGAUGGCUCCCUAAAGCCUUUGCCUGCUAAGCAUGUUGAUACGGGGAUGGGUUUCGAGAGAUUGACUUCUAUACUUCAGAACAAGAUGAGCAAUUACGAUACCGAUGUGUUCUUACCCAUCUUUGACGCUAUCCAAAAGGCAACUGGGGCUCGACCAUAUAGUGGGAAAGUUGGAUCAGAUGAUAUUGACAAAGUUGAUAUGGCAUACAGAGUUGUUGCGGAUCAUAUAAGAACACUUUCAUUUGCCAUCGCUGAUGGUUCCUGUCCGGGCAAUGAGGGUCGUGAAUAUGUUCUCAGGCGUAUUCUUAGACGAGCUGUUCGAUAUGGAAGUGAGGUCCUAAAAGCUCAAGAAGGAUUUUUCCAUGGACUUGUAAAUAUUGUGGUGAAAGUGUUGGGUGAUGUUUUCCCGGAGCUAAAGCAGCAUGAGGUGCGCAUUAGGGAAAUAAUAGCUGAAGAAGAAGCAAGUUUUGGGAAGACAUUACUUAAGGGUAUUGAGAAAUUUAAGAAAGCUGCUCAGGACGUUGAGGGGAAGGUAUUGAGUGGGCAGGAUGCUUUUGUCUUGUGGGAUACAUAUGGUUUCCCUUUAGAUUUGACUCAGUUAAUGGCAGAGGAAAGGGGCUUACUAGUGGAUGUUGAGGGUUUCAAUAAUGCCAUGGAUGAGGCAAGGGAAAGAUCAAGGAGUGCUCAAACUAAGCAAUCUGGUGGCGCUAUCAUCAUGGAUGCUGAUGCUACUGCAGCAUUGCACAAGAAGGGGAUCGUGGCAACAGAUGAUAGCUUCAAAUUUACUUGGUUCAAGGACCAUGAAACUGCAGUAAAAGCAAUUUAUACUGGUUCUGAAUUUUUGGAAAGUUCAUCAGGGAGCGGUGAUGUUGGUGUUGUUUUGGAGUCCACAAGUUUCUAUGCUGAGCAAGGUGGUCAGAUUUUUGAUACCGGAGCACUAGAAGGUCCUUUUGGUUCAUUUGAAGUCGUUAAUGUUCAAAUUUUUGGAGGUUUUAUUCUCCAUAUUGGUCAUGUCCCCAAAGAGAGUAGCAAAUUCUCUGUGGGUGACAAAGUAAUUUGCAAGGUUGAUUAUGCCAGACGUACGCUUAUUGCUCCGAACCACACCUGCACACACAUGCUGAACUUUGCACUUAAGGAAGUACUUGGGAAUCACGUUGACCAGAAGGGUUCUAUUGUUCUUCCUGAGAAGCUGAGAUUUGAUUUUUCUCAUGGUAAGCCAGUGGAUCCUAAUGAUUUGAGAAGGAUUGAAUCUAUUGUGAACGAGCAAAUUAAAGCAGAAUUAGAUGUUUAUUCCAAUGAGGCAACCCUUGCAGAUGCCAAGCGCAUUAAUGGUUUGCGAGCUGUCUUUGGAGAAGUCUACCCUGAUCCAGUUAGAGUGGUAGCAAUUGGGAGAAAAGUUGAGGAUCUUCUGGCUGAUCCAGAAAAUGAAAAAUGGUCGUCAAUUUCAGCAGAAUUGUGUGGAGGGACCCAUAUAUCAAAUACAAAAGAAGCUAAGGCUUUUGCCCUUUUAUCUGAGGAAGGAAUUGCGAAAGGAAUUCGAAGAAUAACUGCUGUCACAACUGAUUGUGCUUCUGAGGCUAUGAAAUUGGCCAACUCACUUGAGCAGGAAGUAGAUGAUGCGUCCAAGGAUGAAGGAAUCUCACUAGAAAAGAAAGUUGCUUCUUUGAAAAAUCGUGUGGAUUCUGCACUAAUUCCGGCUGCCAAGAAAGCUGAUAUUAGGAGCAAGAUUGCCCUUCUUCAGAAUCAAGUGAAAAAGGCGCAAAAGAAGAUUGCUGAAGAAAAUCUACAAAAAGCUAUCCAGGUUACAACUAUGAUUGCCGAUAAUGCUACGUCAGAGGGAAAGGCAUUCUGCAUAUGCAGUGUUGAUGUUGGCUUAGAUGUAAAUGCCGUCCGUGAAGCAGUGUCGAAAGUUAUGAAGGACAAGUGUUGUGUGGCUGGACAACAGGGGAUGUCUGCUAUGGUUUUCAGCACCGACGUAACCACAAAUAAGGCUGUGGUAUGUGCUGGAGUUCCAGAGAAAGGAGACAAAAGUAAGCUAUUGGAUGUGACAGCCUGGUUGACGGCAGCUUUAGAGCCCUUGAAGGGAAGGUGCGGCAAGGGAAAAGGCGGUCUUGCUACUGGCCAGGGGACAGAUGCAUCACAUGUACAGGAGGCCAUGUCUCUUGCAUCAUCAUUUGCGUCGAUGAAACUGAGAUGAAAAAGAAUCCCGAAUGUUCUUUUUGGGGAAAGCAUUGGGGUUGUCCGAGCCUCCACCCAAGAGAAGUUGAUUAUACAAUUGAAAACGAGAACAGAUACCAGAUCAGUAACUUAUUUGAGAAGCUGCCAUUUGGAGAUGUUCGUUUGAAUGCCACUCAAGAAAUACUUCAAUUACGAAAGGUGUUUUCAUUAAUGGUGAAUAUGCAUUCAGUGUUAAAACAUUUUAUUUAUCAAUGUUACUUAAGGUUAUUGAACAACACAACAUGAACUCACUCACCUGAUGAAUUGCUGAUACGAGUGUCAAAAAAUAUUUUAUUACGAGUCGCCUUUUAUUUUAGUUAAUCUAUAAUAUACCUCAUUUACGAGAGCAAA